GGGAUAAUGCUAAUUUUUAUUUUCUUGAGCUGUCGUAAAUAGCAGGUUGUUGAAAGAGAAGGUGACAGCAACAUUUUAUUAUUCAUCGACGGAAUUUUUCACUUCUCAGACGAAGAGAAGCUACAACCGGCUAUUCAAUCUGCGUUUCCAAUACCUCACAAAAUUGGAGUGCUUUGUGUUCGCAUUCCCAUAACUACUGUAAGCAAUACCUCACAAAAUGCCAAUGCUAGAAGGGGAAAUUUGCAACCAACAACUAAAUCCCCAUUCUCUUCCUAUUUUCUUUAAUCCCACUUCCUAUUCUUUUUCAUUCACCGGAACCGGCGGUGGAUUGUUUCUCGAACCCACAAUUCCGGAUUCAUUUGUUCGUUUCAUUUCUUCAACGAUUCCCGUAACUGCUUCUUCUGAAUCCAAUCUUCACCGGCGACGGAGAAGGGUUCCGGUUGGGUGUUUUUUGUCGGUUAGUUUGCCAAGUAGUAGUUCUACACUUCCCGUCGAUCCCAAACCAUACAUACUGCAAAAUGGCGAACACGUUUCCGACAAGGAGACAACUACCUCAGACGCUGUCGUUCGGAAUAAAAAGGUUAGGUCAAGAGAACGUCAUGCCGUCAAUACCACUAAGCAUUUAUGGUCUGGUGCUAUUUCUGCAAUGGUUUCUAGAACUUGUGUUGCACCACUUGAAAGACUUAAGCUGGAAUAUAUGGUUCGUGGUGAGAAGAGGAAUAUCAUUGAGCUUAUUAAAACAAUUGCUACGUCUCAAGGGUUGAGAGGUUUUUGGAAAGGGAACCUUGUAAAUAUUCUGCGGACGGCUCCAUUCAAAGCUGUUAACUUUAGUGCUUACGAUACGUAUAGAAAGCAACUACUUAAAUUCUCUGGAAACGAGGAAACUACCAAUUUUGAGAGGUUUAUUGCUGGUGCUGCCGCUGGGGUUACUGCUACUAUUAUUUGCCUGCCACUCGACACUAUUCGGACAAAGAUAGUGGCACCUGGUGGAGAAGCUUUGGGUGGUGUAAUUGGUGCUUUCCAAUACAUGAUUCGAACUGAAGGCUUCUUUUCUCUAUACAAGGGUUUAGUACCAUCACUUAUAAGCAUGGCUCCCUCUAGUGCAGUUUUUUAUGGUGUAUACGAUAUGCUAAAAUCAGCUUAUCUGCAUUCACCCGAAGGAAUGAAAAGAAUCCAAAAUAUGCAUAAACAUGGGCAGGAACUGAGUGCCUUUGAUCAGCUUGAGUUGGGGCCGCUAAGAACACUGUUGUAUGGGGCUAUUGCUGGUGCGUGUGCAGAAGCUGCUACAUACCCAUUUGAAGUUGUGAGGAGGCAGCUUCAAUUGCAAGUCCAGUCUACUAAAUUAAGUUCUCUAGGAACUUUUGUCAAAAUAGUGGAACAAGGAGGGGUUCCAGCCCUUUAUGCAGGACUUAUUCCCAGUUUAUUGCAGGUACUUCCUUCAGCAUCAAUUAGUUACUUUGUGUAUGAGUUCAUGAAGAUUGUUCUCAAAGUGGAGUAAGCAAUGAAUUGAUCUUCAGUUUUAUACGGAUAAGAAGCAGUAACAUAAUUUAUAAGCGAGCAUCUGAUAUUUUUGUGGAAUGACAAUUUUCAACUUCAAUUGCCUAUAUUUGAUACUUGGCUUUGAGGGUGAAAACAUAGUUCUGGUUUACCAUUCCAUACUACUGAGAACAACAUCACGUAUGGACAACACACAUAUUACCAGCAGAAAGUUUCUGGAUAGGUUUUGCAGUCAAUAUACCCGGGCUUCAAGUCUGCAGAUAAAUUUAGCAGCAGCUGCAAGAUCCUGAUUUUAUGCUUAUUCCUUCUACACAUUUUUGUUAACUUUUUUAUAUUCCAUCUGGCAGUUGGUCUUGACCAUUAGCACGGUCUGUCCAAGCAAGCACGUCCCUUUGCUUUAGGUAGUAACUCUUAAAGUAGCUUAUCAAUUAUUCUUGGGCAUUUCUUGCACCUUACUGGAUAUUCUACUUGUAAAUGCAUGUAAUUUUGUGGUUUCACGGAGAGAGAGAAGGUUUACUCAAAUCAGGUAAAUAGAAUUCUCACCUUACUGUUCUUUGUGUGCUAUUGAGAAACUUAUUCACAUGUAUGGUUGAUGCCAAAAUCAUGCCGCAAUAUAUCACAAUCAAGAAAGUUCGAAAGA